ACUAAAUAUUUGUUCUUUUUUCGUUGUCUUGUGUAUAUAGCACCAGAGUGACCGGGUGAGGGCAUCAGGAAGAAAAGAAGACUAAAGGAAAAUGAGACCAAACAUAGUUCUAUUUGGAGAUUCAAUAACAGAACAAUCUUUUAGAUCAGGCGGUUGGGGUGCUUCUCUUGCUGACACCUACUCUCGCAAGGCUGAUGUUUUAGUUCGUGGGUAUGGUGGAUACAACAGCAGAUGGGCUUUGUUCUUGUUGCAUCAUCUCUUCCCUCUGGGCUCUGCGAAACCUCCAGUUGCUGCCACAAUUUUCUUUGGGGCUAAUGAUGCAGCUCUUCUAGGGAGAAACAGUGAAAGGCAGCAUGUCCCUGUAGAAGAGUACAAGGAGAACCUCAGAAAAAUUGUAAAUCAUUUGAAGGAAUGCUCACCCACCAUGCUUAUUGUGCUGAUAACUCCACCACCUAUUGAUGAGGAAGGGCGCAUGGCAUAUGCACGGUACAACAAGGCAUUUUUUGAGGCAACUUACGGUGAGAAAGCUAUGACAUUGCCAGAGAGAACAAAUGAAAUGGCAGGAGUCUAUGCAAGGGGGUGUGUUGAGUUGGCUGAGGAACUGGGUCUCCGAUCCGUCAAUCUGUGGUCCAAGAUGCAGGAAACAGAUGGUUGGCAGAAACAAUAUCUGAGGGAUGGAUUGCAUCUGACACCAGAAGGCAAUGCCGUAGUCUUCCAGGAACUUGUGAGAGUUUUCAAUGAAGCAUGGCUUUCCGCUGCAGAAAUGCCGUAUGAUUUUCCUCACCACUCAGAGAUUGAUGGGAACAAUCCCGAGAAGGCAUUUCAGCAGAAAUGCUUAUAGUUUCCCCCAAGUAUAUGUUGAUUCUUUUCCACUUAAAUCAUAGAGGUGUGCCUCGCUCCCUGGUUGCAACUGGGAAAUAGUUGGCCCUUUUGAUGGGCUGUACUUUGUUUAGAAACUUACCAAGCUGUUUCCAUUAACAGCUUCAUUUAUUAAACUGCAUUGUUCAAAUUAUUGGUAAUAGAAUCUCCUUUUUGGUAUUGGAGAUGAAUUGGAAAUCAAAAUUAUAAGUUUCUAAUGUC